AUGGUUCCAACUUCCACCUAUUCUGCCAUGUAUUGCUUUCCAUUAGCAUCAGCAAGAAGUCGCAUCCGCCUCCUCUCUAUCUCUAGUUUCUUAAUUUGUCGAUCUGCAGCGGUGUUUGUGGUAGAGCUAUAUUAUGCUGAGCAUCAGCAAAUGGCUGAGGAAAACAUAGAAGCGCCGGAUAUGAGUGAGGUGGGUGAUAUGCCUGAGAACUUGCAUCCUCUGGAAACAGAAGGGGCUGAAAAUGAUUUCGGAGGUGGUGGAGAAAAUAAAUGGCCUGGAUGGCCUGGAGAGAAUGUUUUCAGGAUGUUGGUUCCUGUACAAAAGGUUGGCGGUAUCAUUGGACGCAAGGGAGAGUACAUUAAGAAAAUUUGUGAGGAAACAAAAGCUCGUAUUAAGAUUCUGGAUGGUCCUCCUGGAACUACUGAAAGAACUGUUCUCGCAAAUAUAAGCCAAAUUUCAAUUGCCAAAGUGGCUUCAAAUUAG